AUGCUCCUCCCCACGGCGCGUCCACAAGCAAGCAACCUCUGCGCCUCAUGCACCCAUCAMAUCCGACACGCAUCCCUCUUGCGCCGACCCAAAAGACCCUACACAUUCACCCAGUUAAUCACCCUCUCCGACGGCAGCACCUUUACCCACCGCACCACAUCUCCAGCACCCAUCUACCGCUCAAUAAAAGACACACGAAAUAACCCGCUCUGGAAUCCCAGCAGUCAGAAAUUACUCAACAUCGAGGAAGAUGAAGCGGGACGUCUAAAGCGCUUUCGAAUGCGAUUUGGAAGGGGUUUUGAUGCUGCGGCGGCGGCGCUGGAUGCCGAGGCCGGAGAGGAGGAAAUCGAGGCGGCGAGGCUGAAGGAGGAGGAGAGUUUAAUGGAUAUGAUCGGAGGCUUUGGGCAGCCGGCGGAGGGAAAGAAGGGAAAGAAGGCAGAGGCGGGGAAGAGUGCAAAGGGAGGCAAGGAGCAGAAGUGA